AUGAUAGUAAUCUACCUUCUGGUGAUUGCCAGCGCAUGGCAAAGAGCGGUCGCUGACUCUGCUGCCUGUUCAAGCAGUGUGACCAUCUCGAGCCAAAGCGAUGCGAACAAGCUGAGAAACUGCGACACAGUCUCAGGAAGCAUUACGAUAUCCCCUUCUGUCAGCGGAGCGAUCACCAUCAAUAAUGUCGAGGAAAUCCAGGGUGCAUUAAUUGCCGAGGGUGCCUCAGGGCUCACGGGUCUUUUUACCCCUGAUUUGGAUAGUGUGCAGGGCGGUAUCACACUGAGCAAUCUCGAUUCACUCACAACCAUCACCAUGGGCGGGUUAUCACAAGUCUCUUCGAGCAUAAUCAUCACGGGGAAUCCGAAACUGAAAACGCUGGGGUUCCAGGACUUGGAACAAGUUAACGGACAGCUCGAAUUGACGGGAUCAUUCGACAGCUUGUCGCUACCUUCUCUUGAUCAAGUCAAAGGUCAGACAACAAUCGUGGGCAGCAGUUCCAUGUCAUGCAGUACAUUAGACAGUUUGAAAUCCGACAGAGUUUUCAGAAACGGCUAUACCUGCUCCAGUGGCUCGUCUGGCCUGAGUCCAGGAGCCAAGGGCGGGAUUGCAGUGGGUGUAAUCGUGGUUGUCCUUCUGAUUGUGUUGGUCUUAUGGUUCGUGCUUCGACGACGGCGCCAGAGACAAAGAGGUGGAGGCACUCAAUCAACUAUCCCACCUUCAUCCACCCCAUCAACCGUCGUGGCACAUUAUGAAAAGGUCCCCAUUUCUCAGGGCAGUAUCUCACCCCAAGAAGAAGCACCACGUCCGGAAGAACCGCCGACUCUCUUGCCCCGAAAGCCAGUGGGAUCGGCGAUAUUAUUGGAUGGUCGCUCGGUCUAUGAGGCCGCAAAUGGAUUAACUCCAGUCCAGGAAUACCACGAGUUGGACGCAGGACCAGUCUCGGGCUCUCAUCAACGACCAAUACACGCAGCAUAA